UACACUAUGUGACAAAAAGACAUGAAGUAUCAAUUUUAGAAAACAAAAUGGCGAUCGGUUUUAGCGGAGCUCUUCAAUUGACAGAUUUGGAUGAUUUCAUUACUCCAUCGCAAGAAUGUAUAAAGCCGGUAAAAGUAGAGAAAAAGCCGGGGCAUUUGGCAAAAAUCAAGAUUGAAGAUGAUGGAAGUUACAUUCAGCUUUCUGAGGGUGGAGAGAAAACCAAACUCCAACGAGCACAAAUAACACUAAAUGAUUGCCUGGCUUGUAGGAAGGUAAACCAGAUGGGCAAAAACUGAUAGUAGUCUCUGUAUCUCCUCAAUCACGUGCUUCUGUUGCAGCAAAGUUCCGAUUAAACAUUACCGAGACAGCUAAAAAACUAACAGCUUUUCUCAAAAAUCUUGGUGUUCAUCAUGUUUUUGACACUACUUUUUCAAGGGAUUUUAGUCUUACAGAGAGUCAACAAGAGUUUGUUCAGAGAUUAAAGGCACAGCAAUCUGGAGAGAAGGAGUCUCUACCCAUGUUGGCAUCAGCUUGCCCUGGCUGGGUGUGUUAUGCUGAGAAGACUCACGGUAGCUACAUUUUGCCCUUCAUCAGCACAACAAAAUCUCCGCAGCAGAUCAUGGGUUCUCUAAUCAAGGAUCACUAUGGAAAAUCAAUGGGGAAAAAACCAGAUGAUAUCUAUCAUGUGACCAUAAUGCCAUGUUAUGACAAAAAGCUUGAAGCUUCCAGAGAAGACUUUUAUAAUGAUAUAUAUAGAACAAGAGAUGUGGAUUGUGUUAUUUCAACAAUUGAACUGGAGAAAAUGUUUGAGGAAAAGAAUGUAAACUUUGCUGAGCUGGAGAAUGCAGAACUGGACUCGUUGUUUUCAAGCAUUGAUCAAGAAGAACUUGUAGGCCAUUCUGGAGGUGGCUCGGGUGGCUUUCUGGAGCACAUAUUUAUUUACGCUGCUAAGGAGUUGUAUGGCCAGACUGUUGAAAACAUAACCUACAAGACUCUAAGGAACAGGGACUUUAAGGAGGUAACCUUGCAGGUCGAUGGUAAAGAAGUCCUCAAAUUUGCAGCAGCUUACGGUUUUCGAAAUAUCCAGAAUCUUGUACAGAAAAUAAAGCGGGGAAAGUCUCCAUAUCAUUUUGUGGAAGUCAUGGCAUGCCCGGCGGGCUGUCUCAACGGAGGUGGCCAGAUAAGGCCAGGGGAUGGAGAAACGUCAAAAGAGCUAAUAAGUAGACUGGACGAACUCUACAAUUCAUUGAGAUCAAGAAAGCCGAGUAAAAAUCCAGCGGUAGAAGAUUUGUACAGAGAGUGGCUCGGUGGACAAUCUUCACAAAAGGUAAAAGAGAUGCUUCACACCAAUUAUCACGAGGUGGAAAAACUGAGCACAGCACUGAAUAUAAAGUGGUGAUGCAU